AUGACUAGUGAAAUCGAAGUUGAAAUUUUAAAAGCUCAAGGAAUCAAUAAUGUUCUUUCUCUAUUACGAGUACAAGAUUUAUAUUCUAUCUUUAAACUUGAUUGUAAAGAAUUAGAAGAUUUAAGAAAUCGUGCAUGUUUACAGCUAAAAGAUGGUGAAUAUAUGAUACGUCCAGCUAUAAAAAAUAAUCUUGAUUAUUGUAUAAAUGUAUUAAAAACUAAAUUACAUGAACAAUUACCAUAUAUAUCACAUACUCAUCAACAAGACUCAACUGAUUCAAAUAAACAACCUAAUUAUUUUGUUAAUACAUUUAUUAGCAAUCUUACUGUUAAUAUGGAUCGUUCUAAAUAUCGCUAUCAAUAUAAUUCAAAUAUGCGACGGUUCGCAUCAUCAGUAUAUGCAUUAGGUGGUCGAAAUGUUUAUCAAUUCUUAAGAUUAAAUUUGCUAGGUGCAUUUCCAUCUAUACCAACAUUAGAAUCUUAUCAUAAUGAAUUCUGUACACGUAUUGAAGAAGGUGAAAUCCGUUUUGAUGAAUUACUGAAUUAUUCAAAUAAAAUAAAUUGUUCUUAUGUAUAUGCAUCAGAAGAUUGUACUGCUGUUAUCAGUAAAAUUCAUUAUGAUGUUGAAAGUAAUUCUUUUAUUGGAUUUUGUCCUGAAUUAAAAAAUGGCAUACCAUCUAUUCGUCAAUAUCAAACCGAUGACUUUUUUGAAUUGGAAAAAUGGUUUGACAUAGUUAAGAAAUCUACAUUAGUAAAUAUUCAUACUGUUCAACCAAUAACACGUGAACGAUCACCACCAUUCCUAUUGUCAGCAUUCGGUACUGAUAAUCAAACGACUUCUAUUUCGAUUCUUUGUCGUUGGUUAUUUAUAUAUGAAAAAUGCCAUACUAAUAAUAUUAGGAUUGUCGGAUUCUCAAGUGAUGCGGAUCCAAAGUUUUUGAAGGCCAUGAGGUUGGCAACAGGAUAUUUCUCACAAUUACCGAAUGUUAGUCUGUUGAAUAGAGCUGAUAUUCUUGAAACACAAAUUCCGAAUUCAUGGACUUGGUUUUACAUGCGUUCAAAGCAGUUAUUUUUAUGUUUUCAGGAUGGAAUUCAUUUAGCAACGAAAUUAAGAAAUAGAUUGUUGUCAAAAACUGCUUCAUUAGUAAUGGGUAAUUAUCACAUAUCAGUGAAAGAUCUUCAAAAUCUUAUAGAUAAUCGUUCAAAGCUCGAACAUAACUUAGUUCUAUCUGAUAUAUUUGUAAAGGACAGACAAAAUUAUGCAUCAUGCUUAAAAAUUUCAUCAAUUAAUGUUUUAAAUAUAUUAGAUGAAAAUCAAAGUACAUUUGCAACACAUUGCUAUUUAACAAUUUUACAUUAUGUAACUAUUGCUUAUGUGGAUAAAACAACACAUAUUUUGCAAAGAUCAUUUUAUGCGUGGUCAACUGUCUUUAUUUGUAGAUUUUGGUUAACUUGGUUAAAAUAUAAAUUGAUUAUCUAUACAAAAACAACAGUUCGACAAGCUCAAAUACCACCUCUAAAGGAAAUAGAAAAACAUUUUAUAACAUUUGCUGCUUUUCAUUCGAUUGAACUAAAUGCUCAUAUGUUAACCUUUAUUUUAUUAUUAGUGUUAGACAAAAAGUUACCUAUUGAUUCAUUAAAUAUAUUUUUAUUUAGUUCACAACCAUGUGAAAACAUUUUUCGCAAUGCUAGAGCAUUAAGCGGACCAUUUUCAACUAUGUCUAAUUUUGAAUCUAAUACUGAUUCCAAUGCAAUUAAAUUUCCUACACAUCACAAACAAAAUCAAAGCAAUUCAUUUUCGUCAAUAGUAACAAAUUUAGAUGAACUUACAAUGGAUAAAAUAGAACAAACUAUUUAUGAUGCAUAUGAACAUGCAAAAUCUUUUAUUGAAAAAUUAGAAAUGUUACCACUUUUGAAAAAGAAUGAGGUGUUUAAAUUAAAUGAUUUAUGUAUAAAAUUACAUGAUGAUUUAGAAAAAAUAAUUUAUAUAAAUGAUCUUAUAUUAAAUGAUGAUGAUCUUGACUUUGAUAGUGAUUCAGAUGAACAACUAAACGACGAUUCAACAGCAUCGGAUGUCAACAGUGAAAGCGAAUAUGAAGAUUCAGAAACAGAAACUGCAACAAAAUCAACGAAAGAAGGUUAUGAUGGAAUGCGAAUUUACUCUACUAUAGCUGAUAAAGAUAGAAGCAAAUUUUUUACAAUUGAAAUUAAUGGAAAGAAAAAAUACAUUCAUAAGCAAACAGCUGUUUGGUAUUUGACUAAUAAAAACAAUCGAUUAUCUUCAGAUAGAACAAUACGUGUUCAACAAAUGAACAAACAGUAA